AUGGCAAGACCAGCUCGACGACGGUCUUCCGGACGGUUUCUCCAACAGGGCGAAUCCGAGCCUUCUCUGCAAAAACUGGUCCAUAUGAACGACGACGCUGCCGAGAAGCAGAAGCGACGACAGUCCAAGCGUCUCAGUAUUCUUCCUGGAGCUGUUUCGCUCGGUUCUCCUGGCGCCAAUGCUGGUGAGGACGUUGACGAGGGCCUUAGAGAUCAUCUGAACAAUGCUGCUCCCCAAGUUCCCAUCAUGGCCAACUUUGAGGAGUGGAUGAAGAUGGUGAACGACAACAAGAUCAAUGCGCAGAAUUCGUGGAAUUUCGCGCUCAUUGACUACUUUCAUGACAUGUCGCUGCUUAAGGAGGGCGACGGAAUCAACUUCCAACGUGCUUCCGUCACUCUGGACGGUUGUAUGAAGAUUUACUCGUCUCGUAUUGACUCCGCAGCCACCGAGACUGGUCGAUUGUUGACUGGACUGGCUACUAAGCAAGGACGAGAGGAUAUCGGUAAUGAAGACGACGAGGAGGAAGGGCAGGAGGGUGAGGAAGGGGAGGGAGGAGAGAAGAAGAAAAAAACCGUUCGUCCUCGAGGAGUUACUCUGGCUAAGAGCUUUGAGGAGAAUGCUGCUAAGAAGCUUGAGCUCGAACUCUCUAUCGAUCCUCUUUUCAAGAAGAUGUGUGCCGAUUUCGAUGAGGGAGGCGCCAAGGGCAUGCUGAUGAACUCUCUGGGCAUCGACAAGAAUGGUCGCGUGGUUUUCGAUGGAGAUUUCGACCAGGAGAUUAGUAAGGGAGAUUUUGCCGACCUUAGCGAAGACGAAGACAUGGAGGAUGAUAGUGCCGACAGCUUUUCUCUGCAGCAGCUGGGGGCGAAGUUUUUCCCCGACCUGUCUAUUCUGGCAACAAAGUCCGUCUGUCCUUCUGCAGCUAUGAUCGAGGCUGCUCUCAAGGACCCUAGUAAUCUUCCCGAGGGUCUGCAAGUCGACAAUCUCGAUGACCGACCUUCCAUGCCAGAGCUCGACUACGGAGGAGACGAAGACAUUCUGGACGAUGCCGCUCUUGGAGAUAUUGGUUUUGACGACCUUGGAGCAGGAGGCGAUGACGAUGGACCUGGAGGUCCCGUGGAGGAUUUCGAGUUUGGAUACAACCCCAUGAACGAGCAGUAUGCCGAGAUUGCUCAGGAUGUGGCUAUUCCAGGCGGGGUGGGUCCCUCUGACCCUCGAUACAAGCCCACCAUUAACGAGGCUGAUCUUCUGGCGUACUUUGAUCACACCUUGAAGAAGAACUGGGCCGGCCCUGAGCACUGGAAGGUCCAAAAGCUGCGGGGAGAUAUUCAGAAGAAGGCCAUUGAAAGCAGAGAUAAUGUUGGAGAAGAUGGAGAGGAAGGAGAAGAAGGCGAGAAGGCUGACAAGACAAAGAAGAAGGCCGCUCCUGUCGAAGUUGACUUCAUUUCCGAAGAUAACGAUAUUGACGAGGCUGUGCUGUUUGGUCGACCAGCACACAUGUCUACUCUGUCGCUCACCAAGGCCCAGCAGCGAUCUGAUACCAACAACCUGCUCCCUAACGACGAGCACUUCUCCACCGACAAUCUUGUCAAGCUGUUCAUCAAGCCCGGCAAGCGAAUCACCGGUCUACUGUUCAAGCAUCGAGUCACUCUCCAGAGCGAAAAGGACGCCGACCAACAUUUCUGGGCUCAGCAUUUCAACGAGGAGCUGGCAGAAUACGGUGUUCAGGGCCCUGAACCUGAACCUGUUGAUAUACCUGGCCAGAACGACGAUGGAGAUGAUUUCGGCGGCUAUGACGACUUUGACGACUAUGGAGGAGCUACAGAUAUGGGUGGGCCUCACAAUGCGUCGUUCCUGGGCCUGCCCAAGGCUCAUCCAGAGUACGUUUCGUACGCCAAGGUGGCCAAGCGAGUGGAUGUUCGUAAAUUGAAGGACAACCUUUGGAGAGUCAUGGAUUAUGAAAAGGUGGACGAGUUGGUGGACAAUGGCGACAUGGUUGAGGAUGCAGCAAAGGUGGAGGAGAAGAGAUUCACCCAGCUCGUGGAGCAGGUGGGAGCCGAGUACCCCCGACAACAGAAGCAGGAGAUCUCCACCUCGUUUGUGUUCAUCUGUCUGUUGCAUCUGGCUAACGAGAAGGGUCUCAGUAUCGACCAGCAGGAUGAUUUGGCCGACUUGGCCAUCAGCAAGGAUAUGAAUGUUCGCCUGGAUCAGCUGGGAGCAUAA